AGUGCAUUCUGGGAUUAGUUGAAAGAUUCAAGAUGGCGGCGAGCAGGAGACUACACAAGGAGCUUGAAGAAAUCCGCAAAUCUGGGAUGAAAAACUUCCGUAACAUCCAAGUUGACGAAUCAAACAUAUUGACAUGGCAGGGCCUCAUUGUUCCAGACAACCCUCCAUACGACAAAGGGGCGUUCCGGAUUGAGAUCAUCUUCCCUGCAGAAUACCCUUUCAAACCUCCCAAGAUCACGUUUAAAACAAAGAUCUAUCACCCCAACAUUGACGAGAAGGGACAGGUCUGUCUGCCUGUCAUUAGCGCAGAGAACUGGAAGCCAGCCACCAAAACUGACCAAGUAAUUCAAUCGCUCAUUGCCUUGGUGAACGAUCCACAGCCAGAACACCCUCUGAGGGCCGACCUAGCAGAAGAAUACUCAAAAGACCGUAAAAAAUUCUUUAAGAACGCAGAAGAGUUUACAAAGAAACACGGCGAAAAGCGGCCAGUGGACUAACAAUACCUGACAAGUGUGUAGCCCCAACUCCAAAACCCAAACCCCGCCUCCUCUGCCCCUUCCUUCGCUCUACUACCUUCUACUCAACCACCCAACCUCUACUCCCUCUUCUUCCUCUCCUCUUUCUUUCCUUCUCCUCCUCUCCUUUACACGUGUCACUCUAGUUGAGCUGGAGAAGUACAGCACAGCUGCGGCCUCCGUCUUUGAGCGGGACAUCGUGAGGACACCCGACCUGGCAUCCCGGUUUCUGGUGUUAGCUUGAGGCCCUUACUAACUUUCUACUAUGUUUUUGUUUUUCUUUCCAAAGUUUAAAAACAUGUAAAUUGGUUGGAGGAUAACUUAAGACAAAGAAGUUGAAAUUGUAUUCGGUAACGAAUGCUGUUUGACCCUUUUUGUAAAAAGCAAAUGAAUCAUUGCAUUAUUACACAAAACUUUCGAUUACUUUUGGAUGUGACCAUUCAUUCAAGAAGCUGAAUUGUAAUUUAUAAUGUAUAUUAGUAUUUUGUUCCCUCUCUCACACUCUUAAAUUUCCAAACAUGGAGAAGGAAUGAAGGAUUACAGCAACAGCAGCAAAUAUUUCACGUAACCUUUUUAUUUUCACUGCACUUGAUGGGUUACAUAGCUUGUCUGAGAAACAGGCUGCGUUCAGCCCUUUACCAAACCUAGAAUCGGCGAAACCACUGUAAAGUCAACAACAACAACGGAGGCUUAUAGGCCAAUACUGCUUUGAAAUACUUUUUCACAAAUGAAAAAAGGAAAAAUGCUAUUUGUGUGAUUGAGCGUAGUUUUCCAUUAUGAUCACUAAUUUUAAACAUCUCUCUUUUAACAUGUUUCAUAGGAAAAUCUUGUAUAUUGUGGAUUAUUUUGGUUUAAACGUGGAAAUGGCCCCUAGAUUUACAGAAAUGUACGCUACUGAGAAAUAUUAUUCCACCUUUCCUCCCGAAACAGAAUAAACACAGUAGUUGAC